AUAAUAUUAAAAAAAUUAAAUGAGUUUAACCUUACAAUUAGCCUUAUUUGCGUUGCUAUCUUUAACAAUUAGGUGUAACGUAUACUAAAUGGCUUGAAAGGCGUAACGCUUCAGAUGUACGGUCUAGUUUUAAAUGAGAUAUAGCCUAGUUUUGAUCGGGAUAUUGGACGGAAUUGAGAUGCUCGUUCAUUUUACGCUCUCAUUUGUGUAUGCUGUGUUUAGUCAUGUUGGACAUGAGUGAAUUUAUUUAAGGGUCGAUCUCUAGCAGAAGGAGUCACGUUACUUCGUCUUGCGCUUGGCACUUAUACAAAAUCCAGUUAUUUACGUUUUUUAUUCAGUAUUAUUUAUCUGCUGUCGAUUAUGCAUAUAGUUUUUUUUUUUUUAGAUAGCCGUUAGCUAUCUAUUCUUUGUUCAUUUGAUUAGAAUAUAGGAAUAACAUUGCAUUAAGUAAGAGGGGCUCGUGGUACAGUAUUAGGAGGAGUAGAUUCCGUUUCCUUGGAAACCAAAGACUGCUGCUAUACCAGCCACCUCCAUUUUCAAGACACGAGGCAUCAUUUUAUGGAUUCUGACAUGGACUAUGAGAGGCCAAAUGUCGAGACUAUCAAGUGUGUGGUGGUUGGGGACAACGCAGUUGGAAAGACCCGGCUCAUCUGUGCCCGGGCCUGCAAUGCGACGCUUACACAGUACCAGCUACUUGCCACACAUGUGCCCACCGUCUGGGCAAUAGAUCAGUACAGAGUCUGCCAGGAGGUUCUAGAAAGGUCCAGGGAUGUGGUGGAUGAUGUCAGCGUGUCCUUGCGUCUCUGGGACACUUUUGGUGACCAUCACAAGGACCGCAGAUUUGCGUAUGGCAGGUCUGAUGUGGUGGUGUUGUGUUUCUCCAUUGCAAACCCAAACUCACUCCACCAUGUGAGGACGAUGUGGUACCCUGAGAUCAAGCAUUUCUGUCCCAGAGCUCCUGUUAUCCUAGUGGGCUGCCAGCUAGACCUGCGGUAUGCUGACUUGGAGGCAGUGAAUAGAGCUCGCCGCCCACUGGCCAGACCCAUCAAAUCCAAUGAGAUAUUGCCACCAGAGAAAGGCCGUGAGGUGGCUAAAGAACUAGGCAUCCCUUAUUAUGAGACCAGCAUAGUUGCUCAGUUCGGAGUUAAGGACGUUUUUGACAAUGCUAUCCGUGCAGCCCUCAUUUCCCGCCGUCAUCUGCAGUUCUGGAAGUCACAUUUACGAAACGUUCAAAGGCCACUACUCCAAGCCCCCUUCCUUCCCCCUAAACCCCCUCCACCCAUUAUCACUGUUCCCGCCCCUCCCAGUAACAUAGAAGAGCACCCUAGCCGCCUGUUGGAGGACCCGCUCUGUGCCGACGUCAUCUUAGUCCUCCAGGAACGGCAGAGGAUCUUCGCCCAUCGCAUUUACCUUGCCACAUCCUCUUCCAAGUUCUACGAUCUCUUCUUGACUGAACUUCGUGAUUCUGAGGAGACCGAACGGGUGCGAGAACGACCCCGAGGACCACCACUUUCUGGCCGUGAUUUGCUGAUGCGCGCAGCUAGUUUUGACGUUUGUGAAAGUAGCGACAAUGGAGAUAGAGCAAACUUGCGUGCUUGCACCAGUGAUGGAACUCUAAAAGGCGACGGAGAUCGCCGCUGUCGUCUGCUCCCUGCCUUGAGUCGUGCUUUCAUUAGCAUCCAAGAAGAAUUGGUGGAUGACCCCGUCACCUUCAACCCUAGAAAAAUGACUGUUGUGCACAUGGACCCUUCAAUGCAACCCGGUCCCUUCCGAUCCGUGUUGCGGUACCUGUACACAGGUAAACUAGAUGAAAGGGAGAAAGAGCUAAUGCAGGUGGCUCACAUCGCGGAGCUUCUGGAAGUGUUUGACCUGCGUAUGAUGGUGGCUAACAUCCUGAACGAUGAGGCCUUCAUGAAUCAGGAGAUCACCAAGGCCUUUCACGUGAGACGCACAAAUCGAGUCAAAGAAUGUCUGGCCAAAGGGACCUUCUCUGAUGUGGUGUUCAGGUUGGAUGAUGGCACCAUUAUGGCCCAUAAACCACUGCUCAUCUCAAGCUGUGAUUGGAUGUCAGCCAUGUUUGGUGGACCAUUUGUGGAGAGUUGUACUAAAGAGGUGCUGUUUCCUAACACUACGCGGAGCUGCAUGCGUGCUGUGCUGGAGUAUCUCUAUACUGGCCGCUUCUGCUCUCGCUCUGAUCUGGAUGCCAUGGAACUCAUUGUACUUGCAAACCGUCUCUGUUUGCCUCACCUGGUUGCGCUGACAGAGCUGUACACUGUGACGGUACUGACAGAGGCUGCCAUGAUGGGAGCUGACAUAGAUGGAGAUGUUCUGCUCUACCUAGACAUGGCCCAAUUCCACUGCUCUCAUCAGAUGACUGAUUGGUGCCUCCACCACAUCUGCACCAACUACAACAGAGUCUGUCGCAAAUUCCCUCGUGACAUGAAAGCCAAAUCUACAGAAAACCAGGAGCACUUUGAGAAACAUCGCUGGCCUCCUGUGUGGUAUCUAAAGGAAGAAGAUCACUAUCAGCGGGCUCGUAAGGAGCGUGAGAAAGAAGAUUACUUGUACCAGAAGCGUCAGUGUAAACGCAAGUGGCUCUUUUGGCAUCUUCCGUCUUCCCCUUCUUCCAAUUCUCCGUCUUCUGCUGGUUCCUCUGCAGUCAUCUGAUUGGCUCUCAGGGUGCACAAUCCACCUAACAGCCCUAAAUGUGGGAUAUAAACAAUAAGGAAUGAAAGCCUUUUUCAACUCUACAAGAUUACCUGUUUUCUGUUGAGCAAAAUGCCCAAGCCCUGCUUUUAGCUGCUGAAGGACAGGCAAAAAUGCAAAAGGAUGGAGAAUGUAAGUUAAAGCAACACAAGGCUUUGACUAAAAGCACUUUGUUUAGUCUCUCUGCUUUACUGGUUGGAUUUUCAUCAAAUCAGCUUUGAUGUCCUCUUGUGACAUCAUAUCGUGGUAGAAUGCUGCUCAAUUACCUGUGUAAAGACAAUCUACACUCAGCAUCGGUUUCCCAAACAACCAUCAAAACCUGCAUAUCAUCAUCUGUAUAGAAAAAUCCAUGGCAGGACUGCACAUAUUCAUAACUUGAAAUGCUAAGUGCUUUUCAGCUCUAAAUGACAAGAACACAGGAACAUUUUAGAGCAACCAGCAAACACGACAAACAUGAAUUUCUCAAUCUACAUUCAAACCACUUCAACAGACCGACGUUCUCAAGAUUCAAAUGGUGUCCACGGUUCAACAUCUAAAGGUAUUAUUAAUGUGACAUUUAAAGGUUGAUGGUUUGUGGAGGGACGCGUGGAGACUUAAGUCCACAGACAUUAUCUACGGCAUAAUGUAGAUUACCACUGAAAAUAAUCGUGGGUACUUUAAGGCAUUUACCAUAGAAAUACACAGGGCCGAGUAAUAAAAAUUAAAACACACACUGUAUAAAGAAUGUAUAGCCACAGGACUUAAAGGGAUAGUUCACCCAAAAAUGAAAAUUCUGAAAAAUGAAAAAUGAAAGUUGUUCCAAACCUGAAACCUAAACACAAAAGAUGAUAUUUUGAAGAAUGUCGGUAACCAAACAGUUUAUGGACCUAUGCACUGACUUCCAUAGUAAUUUUUUUUCCAUACUAUGGAAGUCAGUGGGGACCAUCAACUGUUUGGUUACUGACAUUCUUCAAAAUAUCUUCUUUUUGAGGUGAACUGUCUUUUUAAGGUUCCGAUGAAACGGAAGUAGUGAUGGAUGUUUUUUUCCGUAUCGUGAUAUACAUGUGAAAUGAUUUAUGUAGGGCGGGGACUUGGUUCUAUCCGUCGGUUAUUGAUUGGAUGGAGGCAGAUAUGAACGUCAAGAAUGCCAUUGUAAGAAAGGAGCGGGUUUAAGUGCACUAAAAUUUGGAAAGAAAUUAAUACUUUUAUUCUGCAAGGAUGUACUAAAUUGAUCAAAAAUGACAUUUAUAAUGUUACAAAAGAUUUCUAUUUCAAAUAAAUGCUGUUCAUUUGAUCUUUCUAUUCAUAACGAAAAAAAAAUCUUGGAAAAAAAUAUUAAGCAGCACAACUAUUUUCAACAUGGAUAAGACAUUUUUAUUAAGCACCAAAUCAGCAUGUUAGAAUGGUUUCUGAAGGAUCAUGUGACACUGAAGAUUGGAGUAAUAAUGCUUUAAAAAAAAAAAAAAAAAAAUCAGCUUUGCAUCACAGGAAUAAAUUACAUUUUAAAAACUAUUAAUAUGAAAAAAGUUAUGUAAAAUUGUAAAAAUAUUUCACAAUUUCUGUAUAUAUAUCGGUGGUGUGUUUUGAUCAAAUAAGUACAGCCUUGGUGAGCAUAAGAGACUUCUUUCAAACGUAAAGAUGGUAGUGUAUUUUCUGUGGUAAUAAACAUUAUACCUGCUGAUAGGGCUUAACAUGUUUUGCCACUUUAUGUCCUUUUAGUCCUGCUCUUCAAGAAUGUUCAGGCUGGAUGUUACUGGUGCACAACAGACUAAAUAUUUGUUUUUCCUGCACACUGUGGUAUAGAUUUUUGCUUAUUUGUUAGACUGAAGCAGUCUUUCUUCUCUAUUUCCUGUUAAUAAUUGUAACCUCACAUGUUAUCAGCUGACAAGUGUGCAAAUCGAAAAUGAUUAUGGGCUUACACAAAAUCUGCAUUUACUGACGUAAUGUCACGUAUUUGUGCUAUCGCAAGAUGAAGUUCAGGUUUACAUCAAGAUUGCCUCCUGAAAGCUGCAUUUUUGUCUCGAUAACAAUAUUCUGGAAAACAGCAACAACCUGUAAUAUUAUAACCAGACACUUCAAAACAGGAUCCCAGGUGAACAGUCACGCUGGGCUUCUCUACAGGGAAUCUAAAGAGUGCCUCAACACUGCUGAUAUUCAAAGUGUGGGCACUAGCUGCUGUCUUUACCAAAGUAAGCUCACAUUUGCUUCAUAAGGUGGAUGAUAUCAAUCCACACACAGAAACACAGUUUUAAAUGUUUCCAAAUAGCUUUUGGAUGAGUUUUACGGGCAGGCCCGUGACCAUCCCAUGAAGCAUCACAGCAUGUUACAUUUAAGUAGUUGUAGAGAGUUUCCUACAUCUGCUAUAUUUCAGCAUCCCAUUCUAGGGGACACAUUAGGGUCUUUAAAAUAUUAAUAUAACUAGUAGUAACUUAGGAAAAAAGGUAUUUAUAUGACUAUUCUAAUACUAUAAUAUACUAGUAAGGAAAAAAUAACAGUAAAGCUCCAAUUAAAUAAUGCAAUGCAAGGCAGUUUUACAAUUUACAUUUACAUAACUAUUUAAGGUGCAUCAUCUCCCUAUAUAGGAGAGGAAACCUCACAAGCAUGGUUCACAUAGACUUAAACCCUUUGCGAUUUGAAUGUUUCUGAUCUAGCACAUGCGAUAGUUACAGAAGCGAAUAGCACCUUAAAUACAGAAUGACUUAUAAAUACACUACUUUUUCUAGCACCACAUUGACUUCUACAGUGAAAAAAAGGACAGUAAAUCACCCUACGGAGAGUAAAAAGCAAUCUGUUAUGCAUUUUCUGCAGUUGUAAACCAAUUAAUAUUAGAGAAUGUUUUUUCUGCUUUAAUAAAUCAAAUUAAGAGCUGACCUGCAUGUGCAAGGCUGUUGAAGCUGGCAUCAAGGGAAUGUUGAGGAAUAUAGUUUUAAUUUAGAAACCCAAAAAUAUGUGUUUGCUUUGAAUGUAGAUCCAGAAUGAUAACGAUUAAUUCCUCUGGUGGGGCAAGCGAAGAUUUUUCAGUAUCUAAGUAUUUGUAAUAGCACUCAGGAACAUUUGCUGACUCUAGUCAUUAACAUAUAAAGUGUUAAAGUGUGAAGAGGUUUUAUCCGAAAGUGUUUCAAGGAAUUUGAAAGUUAUUUUGGAAAUGAAUGAAUUUUAAGCCCUGGGUAUACUUCAUUGUUUUACGUGUAUGCUAGUGUACAUGCAGUCGAACGCACGCACAGCCUUGGAAAGUAUAUUUCAUUUGACUCAUACGCAUACACAGGAGUAAACAUCUUUGUAUUCUUUCAUGCUAGAGUUGUACAGAUAAGGGUACUUUCUAACCUCUUCACACAAUCUCUCGUUUAUGUAGGCCUCCAUUGUCUCUGUAGCUUGCAUGCGUUCCGGUCUGUUCUGUUUAUGCAGUUUUUCUUCGACUACCUUGUGAAUUGACGCCCCCAGGGCAUGGUUGCCACCUUGUGGAUAAAAUAAUUACUGCAAAAAAAAAGUACACGCGGUUACAAAAAUCCGGCGGUGUGCGUACUCUUCUGAUGAUGAAAUUCACGUCACGUGCACUCUACGCUGACUCUUGUGUACGCAUAAAAAGUGCAGUAUACAAUUUAUACAUGCAUCAAUCUGAAGUCUCUACCAAUCAUCCUAUGAAAGACAAGUGUUUAAGUGGCGUACAUUGCUACAAUUCACAAUCACAACGAUCUGUUAGCAUAUGAUAUGAAAGUUCUGAGUUUUUAAGCUAUCAUUAUAGAGUAUAUAGUUAUGUAACGCUAUUAUAUAAAUCAAAGCGAGAGAGAUGAUAUGAAUGUACUGAGAUAUGACAGGUAUCAUGUGCUAUAUGCUAUUUUCAUCUUCCUAGAAUUUAUUGCUCAGAUGUUGCUCUUUCGGGCAUUAUAGAGUUUAAUAUCAACUCCCAGAAUUCCUUAGCAGAAAUGAAAAUAGAUGAAAAUGCAGAAGAAAAAUUUGAGAAGCCAGCACCUUAAACAAAAGUCUGCAUUCAGUCUUACUGUCUAGGUCUAGGAGAAACAAAUGAGAUAUUAAAGGAGAUCCUUCUUGUGAUUUUUCCUUCUUAUGGGUUUUUAACCAUCCCAGAUUCGCUCAAUUCAGAUUGUAGAAAAUCUCUGCGAGCAAAAUAAGUAAAAAAAAAAAAAAAAAAAAAAAAAAAAGUGUGAUUGUAAGUACUUCAGGUAAGAAGUGAGUAACAUUGUGUUCCUAAUCAGUUGCUGCAGAGAAGAUACCCCAUGCCUUAAUGUAAAGUACACAAGGAGAGACAUAUUUGAAAUGUAAUGAUAUCCGUUAUGUAUUAUGUGUGUUGUACACCAAAUAGUUGCAUAAUGUGUAAAAACUAUGUCAUAUUGUUUGGUAAAGAUGGUUUAUUUGUCUAUUUUACUAGCCCAUUAUUACCUUGUGUAUUACCUUUAUCUGUAUUGUCUUGGUUUUAUGUGAACGUGUUAUCAUACAUGUGAACGUGUUAUCAUACUGCUUCCAUUUACAGAUGAAGAAUAUUGAAUACAAUGACAGAAAUGAACAAUGAUCAGUUAGGUGGACAUUUUUAAAUCUUGACUACCUUGACAUGCUGUGUGCAAAUAGGCUAACUAGGUCUGCUAUGAAUAGUAAAAAAUAAAAGAUUAAAAGCAUAUAUUCUCUUGGGGACAACUGUGCACUAUGCAGCAUAAUAUACUGUGUACUGUAUAGUGACCUCUAAACUUAAAGUAAUCAUGCACUUCCAAUCAGUGUUAACCACUGAUGCAUGUCCUAUUUUAUUUUACUCUCAGAUAAGAUACAUAAUCAGGGGUCUAAGCAGAAAAAAAUAUACUGUGUGUAAUUUAAGAAUAUAAUGAAAUCAUUAAAAAUAACUGCUUUAAAGCCUAUAGUAGCUCAUUUUAUUGAGCUUUAGGUCCUAGUGCCACCAUUGCAAAGAAGCACAAACCAGAGUGUCAGCAGCACCUGAUGUUGUUUUUGCUGCACAGUUACAACAAUGUAGGGCCAGUGCAGCAAAGAAGCCACGAAAGCCUUGAAAUCAAAAGACUGAACGAAAAACUUGAAUGUUCUCUCAUUAUUUAGAAGCCUGACAUUGACGAUUUGUAUGGGAAACAGGCAUCAUUUCCAUGAGUUGGUAUUGGGGAGGGGGGAGUUUGUAUUUUCAGCAAACCUGCAGCAUGUAUUCAUGAAAUGUGUAAAUACUAGUAUUUAAUAAACACAAACUAGAAGUUUG